AUGGGACCCAAAAACGUUGACGAAGACAGCAGUCCAGUUAGCACGGAUCUUGUUUUUUAUGUUAAUGGAAAAAAGAUCGUUGAAUCGAAUCCAGAUCCAGAAUGGACGCUGCUAUGGUACUUGAGAAAAAAAUUACGACUCACCGGAACAAAACUUGGUUGUGCAGAAGGUGGAUGUGGGGCGUGUACUGUUAUGGUGUCAAAAUACAACAGAAAAGACAAGAAAAUUGUUCAUUUGGCUGUCAAUGCUUGUCUAGCCCCAGUCUGUGCCAUGCAUGGUCUGGCCGUAACUACAAUAGAAGGUAUUGGGUCCACCAGAACUAAACUUCAUCCAGUUCAAGAAAGGUUAGCAAAAGCUCAUGGAUCACAGUGUGGUUUUUGUACACCUGGCAUAGUAAUGUCCAUGUAUACAUUAAUUAGAAGCCAGAAAAACAUUAAAUACUCAGACAUGGAAGUCGCAUUUCAAGGUAAUUUAUGUAGAUGCACUGGCUACCGCGCAAUUAUUGAAGGCUACAAGACAUUUAUAGAAGAUUGGGAAGUUAACAGAGUGGUUAAUGGCAAUUCAGCCCAAAAUGGCACAAACGGUGUUUGUGCGAUGGGGAAAGACUGUUGCAAAAAUAAAAAUGAUAAAAGCGAAACAGAAUAUAUAUUUGACAAGUCCGCAUUUUUACCGUAUGAUCCAAGUCAAGAACCUAUAUUUCCACCUGAGCUCAAAAUAUCAUCUAUUUAUGAUGAACAACAUUUAAUGUACAGUAGUAAUAAAGUCACAUGGUAUCGACCUACGACAUUGAAAUCGUUGGUCCAAUUGAAGGAAAAACACCCAGGUGCUAAAAUUGUUGUAGGAAACACUGAAGUCGGGGUUGAGGUAAAAUUUAAGCAUUGCUUGUAUCCAGUUAUAAUAAUGCCAAAUUGUGUAUCAGAAAUGAAUACGAUUUCAGAAAAUGAGACAGGUUUAGUUAUUGGAGCAGCUGUUACAUUAUUGGAGAUAGAGAACGUUUUCAGGAGCUAUAUCGAAAUCUUGCCCAAAUACAAAACCAGAACCCUAACAACUAUAAUCGAAAUGUUAAAUUGGUUUGCUGGAAAACAAAUACGAAGUGUGGCUGCCAUAGGUGGUAACAUUAUGACUGGAAGUCCAAUAUCCGAUUUAAAUCCAAUAUUGAUGGCCUUAAAAGUAAAAUUAAACCUUUUGAGCGAAAGAGAAGGGCAGCGUUCGGUUUUUAUGGAUGAAAGCUUUUUUACUGGUUAUAGGAGGAAUGUAGUGAAACCGAAUGAAAUAUUACUUUCUAUUGAAAUUCCUUAUACAGAAAAAUUCCAAUACGUCAAAGCAUAUAAACAAGCUAAAAGAAGAGAAGACGAUAUUUCUAUUGUAACAGCAGCAAUUAAUGUACAAUUUAAAAGCAAUACAAGUGUAAUAGAUAAUAUUGGCUUAGCAUUUGGAGGAAUGGCUCCAGUAACUAAAAUAGCAACAAAAACAUGUGACUCUUUGAAAAAUCUCAAAUGGAAUGAAGACAUGCUUGAAAAAGCUUAUGCUUCUUUAUUGGAGGAAUUGCCCCUAAGUCCCUCUGUUCCCGGUGGCAAUGUUGAGUUUAGACAAGCUUUAACGAUGAGUCUAUUUUUAAAGGCUUAUUUAGCUAUAUCUAAAGAGAUGGUACACGACGGUAUAUUUAAAGAAGCUAUCGACCCCUAUCAAAGUAGUGGUGCUGAACAGUUUCAUGGCUCUAUCCCGAAAAGUUCACAAUAUUUUGAAUUAAUUGGUGACAAACAAGUCAAAAGUGAUGCAGUAGGUAGGCCGAUACCUCAUUUAUCAGCACUAAAACAAGUAACAGGGGAAGCAAUAUAUUGUGAUGAUAUGCCCUUAGCGGAGGGUGAAUUAUAUUUAGCAUUUGUUUUAAGCACAAAAGCACACGCUAAGUUGAUCUCUAUAAACGCUGAAGAGGCACUUAAAGAACCGGGUGUUGUGGCCUUCUUCUCAGCUAAGGAUUUGACUGAAGAACAAAACUCUAUUGGACCAAUAUUCCAUGAUGAAGAAUUGUUUGCCCGAGAUAAAGUUAUUAGCCAGGGUCAAACAAUUGGUGUUGUAAUUGCUCAAGAUCAACAAACUGCUCAAGCUGCCGCAAGAAAAGUAAAAGUUGAAUAUGAAGAGUUACAACCGGUUAUUAUAACAAUUGAAGAUGCUAUAAAACAUAAUUCAUUCUAUAAGCAAUUCCCAAAAACGUUGCGUAGAGGUGAUGUACAAAGUGUCUUUGAUGAUCCUUCCCAUAUUAUUAUAGAGGGAGAGUGUCGCUUGGGAGGGCAGGAGCAUUUCUACUUGGAAACCCAUGCAGCUUUUGCUAUACCAAAAAAGGAAGACAAUGAAUUAGAAAUAUUUUGCUCUAGUCAACAUCCAUCAGAGAUAGUGAAAUUGGCUAGUCAUGUUCUUCAUGUGCCCAUGAACAGAAUAGUAGCCCGUGUUAAGCGCAUGGGAGGUGGAUUUGGUGGAAAAGAAUCUCGGGGGAUGUUGAUAGCUUUGCCAGUAGCUUUCGCUGCUCAUAAACUACAAAGACCAGUGCGUUGUAUGCUGGAUCGAGACGAAGACAUGCAAAUGUCCGGAACAAGACACCCGUUCUUAAUAAAAUAUAAGGUAGCAGUUACAAAAGAAGGAAAAAUGAUGGCGGCUGAUGUAAAUAUUUAUAAUAACGGCGGGUACUCUUUCGAUCUCUCUGGCCCAGUGGUAGAAAGAGCAAUGUUUCAUUUUGAAAACGCUUAUUACAUACCGCAUAGCGUUGUCACCGGACACGUAUGCAAGACGAAUUUGCCAUCAAACACAGCAUUUCGAGGAUUUGGUGGUCCUCAGGGAAUGUUUGGAGCUGAAAAUAUGAUUUGGGAUAUUGCAGCCAAGUUAAACAAAAGUCAGGAUGAGAUUAGGAGGAUUAACUUGUAUACUGAGAAUUCGAUUACGCAUUAUGGUCAAGUGCUAACUCAUUGUACUUUACAAAGGUGUUGGGAUGAAUGUGUAGAAAAAAGCAAUUUAUCACAAAGAAGAAAAGAUAUUGAAGAAUUUAAUAAACAAAACCGUUGGCGGAAGAGAGGUAUUUCUAUAAUUCCUACUAAAUUUGGAAUUGCAUUCACGGAAAAGUUUUUGAACCAGGCUGGUGCUCUGCUAUUAGUUUAUACAGAUGGCUCCGUACUCUUAUCCCACGGGGGCACAGAAAUGGGACAAGGACUCCAUACAAAAAUGAUACAGAUUGUAUCUCGUGCUUUAGGAAUAGAUAUAUCAAAGAUUCAUGUAAGUGAGACAGCCACAGAUAAAGUCGCCAAUACAUCAGCGACAGCCGCUAGUGCCGGUUCCGAUCUGAAUGGUAUGGCUGUUCUGGAGGCAUGUCAGACACUAAUGAAGCGUCUGCAGCCCUACAAGGAUAAGAAUCCAAAUGGAAAAUGGGAAGACUGGGUAUCGGCGGCUUAUUUCGACCGGGUAAGCUUAGCUGCUACAGGAUUCCACGCUACUCCGGAUAUUGGUUUCGACUUUAAGAACAACAAAGGAAAACCAUUCAAUUACUUUACAUUUGGGGUGGCAUGUGCCGAAGUUGAAAUAGAUUGUCUAAGCGGUGAUCACCAAGUUAUAAGAACUGAUAUAGUCAUGGACUUGGGAGAGAGUAUAAAUCCAGCUAUCGACAUUGGUCAAAUUGAGGGUGCAUUCAUACAAGGCUACGGUCUCUUCACCAUGGAAGAACUAAUCUAUUCUCCAACUGGCACAUUAUAUUCAAGAGGACCAGGCGCAUACAAAAUCCCAGGAUUUGGGGACAUUCCUCAAGAGUUUAAUGUUUCUUUAUUAAAAGGAGCUCCUAACCCUAGGGCUGUUUAUUCAUCAAAGGCGGUUGGCGAACCUCCUCUGUUUCUGGCGUCUUCUAUUUUCUUCGCAAUAAAAGAAGCUAUAAAAGCUGCUCGAGCUGACGCAGGCGUUUCUCUCGAGUUUAAGCUUGAAUCACCAGCUACUUCCGCCCGUAUACGAAUGGCGUGUGAGGAUCAUAUAACCAAAAAAAUUCCUCGUCCGGAACCGGGCAGCUUUAUACCAUGGAACGUAGUACCAUAA